AUGAUGCACGAUCUUCCCACGCCAGCUCCAUCGUCGGAUCCUCUGAUGCCUGGCUCCUCGCCUGUCAAAGGUGCAAAGGAUGACAAGACUCUCUUCGCAGGCAAAACGGCCGCUGUGUCGCGUCCAUUUGCUCCUCUCGACCUUAAUGUCGUCGGUAAUAGAGUGAAAUCAUUCCAGGAUGCCAGAGAAAAGGCUGGUGCCACUCCUCCUCCUUCCUCGCCUCCCGCCUCUUCUGUGUUCCAAUCGUCCCCUAUCGCGCCUUGCCAACAGCAGCAGGCACUCGGAUUUUCGCCGGUCAAGCAACAGCGCACCUCGCCAGCUUCCAACACCUCUAUUCGCAGCAUUGUGCUAGAGCAGAAUGACACGCCUCUGUCCAGCAUCGAUCGGCAGCACCGCUCUAUCAGUCAACCUCUCGGACUCGUCGCGAACCCAGAUGGCGGCCAUGUGCCUAACCUCCUCUUUGGGAGCAAGAGCGUCAGUCUGGUCAUCGGCCGAUCUAAGCCUUCCGGUCAGCCUCACAGUUCCUGCGAUCACAAUGAAUAUAGCGCAACAGCCACUGCCGACAUUCCUGCGUCGAUGCACGGUCUAGGCGCCAGUAAGAUCCUUCGUGUCAACCUUGCCAAUGAUGCUCGUCACGUCUCGCGUGUUCACGCCAUUGUCGAAUGGAUUCCCUUUGUUGCGCGUCCAGCUGCUUCCAAGAAGCAAGGCGUCUCGAGCUUUACCGCUAAAGGCUCUCCCAUUGCAGCUCGGAUCGCAUCUCAGAAUGGAGUCAAUGGAACCUUCAUCGUGCGCAUCGUCGGUCAGAAUGGUCUCAUUGUCGACGGAAAGCGUCGCCGGGAAGGCCAGGUCUUGCGACUUACAUCAGGCAAGUCUCUGAUCGACUUCUUUGGCGUCAAGUGUCGUUUUGAACAUGUUCCUUCCAGCACCGACCUUCCACCUUCGCCUGUCAAGUCUACGCAAGCUCGCGUUCAGGAUUGGACGCAAAGAGUCACGUCGCCAGUCAAGAGGGCUACACCAAAGUCUGUUGAUCGCUCUGAGAUCACACAGGAGGUUGCUGCUAGUUCACCACCUGUCAGCUCGCCUCUUUCCAUGCCGAGCUUGAUGUCACCGAGCAAGCGUGGCGUUGCAUCGCAGAGGAGAAUGACCUCAGAGGCCGAAGAGGAAGACCGUGUCACCAGUUCUCCGACACCAGUCAACCGUUGGAGUGGCGGCCUUGUCGCCGGUCCCCUCAACAUUCAACAGGUUCGAGCUGGAGACAGCGAUCAAGAGAUGGGAGGCAAAGGAUCGGGUGCCAUGGACGAUGACGAAGAGGAUCAAGAUGACGAGAGUGACGACGAAGACUACGUGCCUGUAGACUUUGAUACAGCGCGAAAGAGUGUGUUGGUCACUCGCAAGCCAGUCGCUACUCAAACAGCAACUGAGGGUGACUAUGACGACAAUGACAGCAGCUCGCUCUCUGAUCUCGACUCUGGUCUUGUCGAUCAGCAGAUCGGAGACUCGGCUUUGGCCACACAGCCAAUUGCUUCACCUGUUCCAGCACAGCGAAAGCGAACAGUGUUGGCAGGCAGCACCCCUCGCAGCCGCGAAUCGUCAGCCAAGCCUGCUCUCGCUGACGCCCUCACCGAGUCGCAAACCAGAAUGCCACCUCCCGCAGCCGCCAUCGCUAAUGUACGCAGCGCAGCUCGGAGAUCCGCUAGCAACAGUCCCGCGCCCUCCUCCCCCCUCCCCGGCUCUUCCGUACAAGAGCUUCAAUCUCUCGCUCGCAACUGCAUCCGCCAACUAGCCCCCACCUACGACCUUCCCGGUCUCCUCGCAGGAGCAGUCGUCUUCCACCGUACCGCUACCAUCUCCGCCUCUGAAGCAGUCCGCUCCGUUCUCAGCACCACCCCCGGGCUCAUGAAAGGCGAAGCAGGCGAGCAUUCCGUCGCAUUCUCCCCCUCCAAGCGCAAACUGCCUGGCUCAACCACCCUCCAACACGGCUGCAUUGUCGAAGGCUGGCCCACAACCCCUGAAACCAACGAACGAUGGACCUCGAUCGCACGAAAAGCUUGGCGAGAACAUCUCGAAGUAGUCCUCCAAUCCUCUCCGAUGUUCGGUGUCAUUCAGCGCGCAGGAAAGGAUGCUUCUGGAAACCCUCUCGAAUGCUGGUACUACUACGAUAAGGAGAAUGACCCUGAUAAAGAGAGGGCGGAGAAUCUGGGUGUGUUUGCUAAACCAAUGAGGAAGGCGCUCAAGGGUCAAAAGCCGAUCUUUUGGAAGCAGAGUGGAUAUGCUUCCCGUCAGACAGACGAGGUUGUGGAGACGAAGAGUUAUACACAGACAGUACAGGCUGCAGCGAGUUCAAAGGGGAGGAUGGAUCAGGAAUCGAUGGACAUUGCUACCGCCUCCAUUCCCUCAAGUUGCGUUGGGAAUGGGAGGAAGAGAAAGGCGCAGGCUCAUGAGGAGACACAAACUGGAGUCAAGGAUGAAACUAGUGCAGAGACGCUGGACGAAGAGAGACGGAGGGAGAAGCUGAGGGCAAAGAUCGCAAAGAGCGGAUUGUGGGACGAGACUCAGCCAGAAGAAAAGGAGGAGCCCACGUGGGAUAGGAAGGGUGAUCAGGACUAUAGGAAGGGUCGCAAGUGA